AUGCAGCCACCAUUGAAGAAUGAGUCCAGGGUCUUAGUAUUUACACUCUCUGGUCUGAAUGAAACAAUGGAAAACAGAUAUUUCUUGUUGUCUUUAACCGCACUGUAUUAUCCUCUGAUUGUCUUGUGUAAUGUAACUGUAAUUUUCACUAUAAUCUGCCAUAAGAAGCUUCAUGAGCCAAUGUAUCUGUUUAUAUGUAGUCUCUGUGUAAAUGGACUUUAUGGAACUUCUGGAUUCUACCCUAAAUUCAUGUAUGAUUUGUUAGCCCAUGAUCAUGUGAUUUCGUAUGCUGGAUGUUUGGUUCAGAUAUUUAUCAUUUAUUCAUCUCUUCUAUGUGACUUUUCAACAUUAACAGUGAUGGCAUAUGACAGGUAUGUGGCAAUAUGUAGGCCACUGGAGUAUCAUUCAGUAAUGACCAGUCAGAGGGUUCUUGAAUGUAUUCUUUUCUGCUGGAUUUCUCCAUUUUUUUGCAUGUCUCUUCUGAUUACAUUAACAUCAAGACUAACCUUAUGUGGCUCUAGUAUUGAAAAGCUAUAUUGUGAAAAUUGGUCAAUUGUUAAACUUUCCUGUUUUUCUACAACAGUAAACAAUGUGAUUGGGUUUUUAAUCAUUAUUAUAUAUUUUGGACAUGCAGUAUUAGUAUUUUGCUCAUACAUUUACUUACUUAGAAAGUGCAGGAAGUCAAUAGAGGGCAGAAACAAAUUCAUACAAACAUGUGUACCACAUCUGCUUGCACUGAUCAAUGUGACAACUGCAUUUAUGUUUGAUGUAAUGUUCACUCGUUAUGGUUCAAGGGAUGUGCCUCAAAGUCUGCGUAAUUUCAUGGCUCUGGAAUUCAUUCUAAUACCACCCAUUUUAAAUCCACUUAUUUAUGGACUAAAUCUGACAACAAUACGGCAACAAGUUAUGAGACUGAUUUUCAAGAAAAAAAUGGGAAUAUCUGAGUGA